GUCUUGAUACUGACUAUAGGGCUCAAUACGUUCAAGGCGAACCCCGGUUUGGCUCACGAACUCAAGUUACAUUUCCACGUAUUAGCUACUGAGGCUAUCAUCGCAGUAAUUUAUCCAGCUUUCAGCAGUGUUUUUCUCCGAGCCAGCUCCACUAACCGCGCCGGUCUCGUGCUAUUACUUCCCCUCAUCAAGCUCGUCAUGAAAAAUAUCGUGGCGUGGGCUUCUUCUCAUGUCGAAGACUGCAUCCCGGUGAUUGCCGUGUUCUCUAUCGAAGUCUUCAACGCGCUGUACGUGGCGACGUGUAUGCAGGCCACGAAGUCGACUCUCGCCACCAUUGUUAUCAUCUCGGUCGAUGUCCUGAGCGGCAUUUUAGCGUUUCGUUCGCUGCUUGGCCGCACGCGCGCGCUCCAAGAGCAGCAUGAG